GAAUAGUUAGUUUAGUCGCCUCUAACCGGCCUUAAAGUAAAGUACGGGUCGCCGCCGAUCACCGUGCGCGUGCACGAGACAGAGUUAGAGCCACCGGUUUGUCGUACAGAUCGUGCCGAGAAUGAAAUUCUUUCUUUGCUUGGUCAAAUACAACAGCAACAGUAGUAUUUCUUUAUUGAAUAGUCUCGAUAAUAGAAAACGGCUAGAACGUUUAUGGCCGAACGACAGUAGUACCGGCGGCUGUAUCGCCUGAACGGAUAUAUAUUUUUCAUCACGACAUUUUUCCACGGUUAGUUUAUUUCAAUUACAACACAACGUGGGAACGGGCGUCCGUGGAUGAAAGAAAGUGCGUUUUAGUGACGUGUAUCAAUCCACUCGUUCGAGACCGAUCGAACAUAAUUUAGCCGCAUCAGAAUUGUAGAGAAAAUAGGCGGGACGCGCCUUUAUCCGCAUAUCGGUUCAGUUUCGAGCGCGAGAUUCGAACUCGUGUCAAAGUGUGCUCCACAGUGGAUACUAUUUCUCUUUUGGCUUACAACACGAAGUGGCUGACAGGCGAAAUGCCGGUGCCAGUUUGGGAUUGCUCUGACCUGGGCCUGUUGGACGAGCCCCUGGACACCGCCACCGUGGUGUCCGACGACAUAUGGAAGAAGUUCGAUUUGGACUUCCCCUUGGACCGAGUUGACGCUUACUCGGACAUCUACCACGAGCGUACCUUCGAUGACGGUGUCCUGCCGGACCUGCUGUACAACAAGAUGACCUGUCUGGCGUCACGCGAGAUUCGUCAUCACGAUUGCAUGUGGGCUGGGCUGUGCAUAAGUAAAGAGCACAAUAGGACGUUACCCGCGAAAAAGGACUCGCUGAUACAAAAGAAGAUCCCGGCUGGACGAAGUCUUUUGAUAUCUCGGGCCAGUGCCGCUCAAACGGGGGGAAAAUCUUUGCCAACGUGCCAGCAACAAGCCCAGCAAACGUGCCGCGCGAAAAAUCUGGAGAGCGACGGCGAUUCCACGAGGCCGGAAACACCUCAAACUUCGAGUUCCGACACGGAAACCGAAGAAGAGGCACCAUCUUUCAAACACGACCAGAUCAACCUACACGACCAGAUCAACCUAACCGAGAAACUCUAUGAGUGCAUGCCGGAGGUGGUUACAAAGGCUGUGCCAGUGAGCGAGGUCACCGGUCAACUGGCCAGGUUCCAUGACAGGAGAAAAGAAGACGAGAGUCAGUGUCAAGUGCACAGGGAAACCAAUAUCAGGAACACUCUCAGCGACCAUUGCUACCACAUCCAUCAGCCGGUCUCUAAAAACUUGGAACACCUCGGUGUGCAGACACCUUCUGAUUCUGAGGAGGAAGAGAUCGAUGUAGUGACAUUCGAGAAACCGUGCAGACCAGCAGCGUUACCGACCUACCCGAACUUCGUCGACCAGCAGCAUUUCCAAUUGACAGUGAACACCGCAUUUAAAAAGACACCGCGACCACGAGGUAGGCCUCCGUCGAAUCCGGCUAGGAAACGAACCGCGCAACCGGAACAGAAACCUGCUAAACGGGCGCGUCAAAGAACAUACACGAGGAGAAGCAACCCGGUACGAUGUAUGACAACACCCUCGCCUCCGAUGAAGAUGAACACAUCAGUCUCGUCGGCCUCGAGAAGUUCGUCGGAGGACGAGUUAGACACGGAGAAGCGAAGUUUGCACAACAAUAUGGAACGACAAAGGCGGAUAGAGCUGCGAAACGCUUUCGAGGAGUUACGGAUCCUCGUGCCAGCGAUCGAGUCGAAGGAGAAGGCACCGAAAGUCGCGAUCUUGAGGCAAGCGGGUAUGUACUGUGAUAUGCUGACCGAGCUUGACCAGAGCACCGUGGCCAAGGUGAUGGAGCUUAGAAAACGACAGGAGAAGCUCCGAGCAAGACUCAGUCAACUACGAAGGAGUCUCGCCAUGACGCGUUGAGGGAGAGACUCGAACAUUCGUAUGAAAUAUCACCGAACGUGUUAAAAUCGCGUUCGGUGGAUUUUAGAAUUCAAUUUUUAAUCGACAGCUCCCAAUAACUGUCCCACUCGAUGUUUCGAGACGAGAUUUUGUGGAAAUGUCCGGCGGGAAGAUCGCUGCGGCAAGAGGGAUGGCUUUAAACAGAGCGUGUUGAAGAUAUACAGGGAGAAUGUGUAAGAACCUUGAUAUCCCAUAGAACAGAAACGUCAUGGUUACGGUUCUGUGGUGCACAGGACUGAGUAAAUACUACACUAGUGUUGACAGAAUUCAUCGAUUCGUUAAAGAACAAUUAUUUAGAUACCGAGUUUAGUUUGGUUCGAAGAGAAAAGGGUAGAACUGGCGCGAUCGGUGGAAGAAAUCGAAGAGGCUGACGAAGAAUUUUGAAGAAGUUUUAUAUACCAUGUAUAUUUGUGAUUUCAUCGAAUAGCAAGCAAUGUUAAAGAUGAAGGGAUUAGAGCUGGAUUGCUUUUCGACGAGUUAACGAGGUAUCGGUAAAGGAUGCAGAACUGAGUUCAGCUAGAUAAAGGAAGAAGUGUAUCGACAAUAGAUUUCAAAUUUUUUCUUUAUCGGUAUUUAGAGACGUACAAAGAGAGUUCGCGGUAAAAUGCACUGUGAGAGGAAAAGGAAAUCGUGAAAAUCGGUUCGAAUAAAGUCAGUUCUAUUUUUAUUGUUAAAAUUCUUGAUCGGUGUCAUAUGACGAUGACCGGUUCCGUCGAGCUUGGGAAUGGAAGUGUCGUAUAUAUUUUCGAGAAAAUGUAUUUGCAGCCAAUUGAAACGAUAUACAAAUCGUUCGAGGGGAUCAAGAAUAAGAACGAAAUCGAUUUGUUAUUUUAUUACACAGCUUCCAUUUCUUUUUAUACUCGCUUUGAUUGCAUUCUAACAAAUUUUUAUUGAAACACGUUGAAAUUAAUUCAAGAAAAAACAAGACUAUGUUUAAGACGGUGAUUAUAAUAAUAAACCUGAACAAUUUUAUUUGAUUCGAAUCGUUCGAUCUCAGACCUGCUUGAAUAUCGUUGGCAAAGUGAAACUUAUGCAUAGAUAAGAGGAAACGGGUCUUAUCAUAACGUUAUCUAACAUUAGUAUCGCCAGCUACCAACUAAAACUAGUCUUAGGAUGUGUAUCAAAGCUGAACCGGUUUCUAAGUACAUUUUUCUUUCAGAAAAGGAAAAAGGUGAAAGAAAAGAAGAGAGGAAAGGCGUGCAUACAGAUUUCGAUCGUCAAUGGGGUGGUUCUUUUUCCAAAACUUGUACCAGUAAUUAGCGGUAGAAAGAAAGUUGUUUCGGUUUUAGAUCGAAUCAUUGGACUGGAAGAGUUGGCCCCGUAUUCUGGUCGAACAGGUUACUGUUCUCGUUGCGGUUACAAUAAUAUGCUUUUCCAUGACGAACCAGUAAAUUGGAAAAAAAAAAAAAAGUUUUGGAAAUUGAAUUCACAAAUAUUAUGUAACUCUUGCAAUUCUUACAGCACUUUAUCAUAUUCGAAACUUCCAAAGGUUGUAGACGUUUUGAGAUUCAAAAGUGGAGCUUUUAUUUUUUGCUCCCUAUUCGAAAAAUAAGAAAAUUAAUUCUUUCUUUUUAUUUUCGAUUCAUUGAAUCGAGCAAUUCAAUGUUUGAUAGCGAACAGUAACAAGCUACGGUGAAGCAACAAUAUCCAUUCUCAAAUCUCUCCUUUAUUGACUUCCAUUGUACUCUCCAUUGAAAUCUAGCGUUGUAGUUACUAGUAAUUGUUUAUCGAUUGAUUGAUGAUCGCUGUGCGAUCUGUACGUUCUGACGCGUUACACACCUUCGAUAGAAUGCAUCGAUGCAUCCGGUACUGAUUAUUUUCUGGAAACCUUGGUAUAUGUAUAGUCGUGGCAACGAUAUAGGCGAGUAUACUUGGGUUCAGAAACAUAGAGCAGCUGAUAAACUCAUUAAAAUGAUCAAAUAACUACGCUUAACCCUUUUAAUAGAUGGUUUUCCAAAAUCAUUAUUUCGUUUAAGUAUAGCGCAGCUAGAAAUUUCGUUACGUACAAAUCGCCAUUACUGCCAAGAUAUCCACAAUUAUUUCAUUUCCAUACAAUUUUGUAAGUCGAUGUUCAUUUUUGACCUCCCUAUAUCGUAGCCACGACUGUGCACCAAAUAGCGCAGUAGUCAUAAACACAUAGUUAGAAACCAAUAUUUAGUACACAAAUAUACACGUCCAGAAAUUUGGUCGCGAAUGUUUGGAUCUUCCUCCCGCUCAGUCCCUUUUUUUUUUUUUUUUUUUUCUAGAUCGUUUCGAUAGACAAUUUAAAGUCAAAGUUUUUUCGUCCGUCUUCUUCCUAGUUCUUCAUUCUGAGGUGCGACAAACCGAAUGACAUGUCAUUAGAAAGCUAGUUUUCGCCCUUUAACGAGCGCCUCCGUUCCCUUCCUUUUACUUAAUUCUUAUUUUUUAAUUUGUUUUUCUCUCUCUUUUUUUAAUGGGUGCAAUAAGGUAAGGUGGUAUGAAAAAGCCUUCGUAACGGACCAUUAAUUUUGUUAUUGGAUGUACGUAGUUAGAAACAAAAGGAAGGCAAUGGAGCGGUGAAUUAUCGAGUAGGAGUAGGAUCGAACGAUUUUUUUUUACCAGUUAAGAUCGAUCCGAUUCCCGCGCUCGUUUUUUAGUUUUUUUUUUUUUUUUUUGUUUUUCUCGUUAAGAAAGCUUUGAAUUCGUAGAUUAAAGGCGUAGAUCUCGUAAUUUUUUCAAGGAGAUAGGAUUUAUCCUCGGUUAUCUUCCUGGUAGUUUGUUCGUUAAUUACGAUAACGAUUGUGAGUCGACGAACGGUAACGCGGUUUUUUUUGUGAGAAAAGAAACCAUUUUUUUCGUAAGGUCUACAGAGGCCUGGCUACGCUUUUAGACACGUGUAAGUAAUGUGUGUAUAUACACAUUAUUGAUACACACACACACACAUAUAUAUAUAUUGAAAAUUAUAUACACAAAUACAUGCAUGAAUCUGUGAGAGUAUGAGGUGAGAGAAAGGGAAAGUAUGAAAAAAUGAUAACGCUACUAAUUACUGACCUUUAGCAUUAUUACUACUAUUAUGAUUACGAUUACACUUAUUAUUAUUGAUUAUUAUUAAUAUUUCUCAUUAUCACCAUUAUUAUAUGUAUUUUUAUUGUUACGAAUUUCCUAGCAUUUCAUUGCUACGAUAUAACGGAUUCUUAGUAAACUUUAACACGACGGAACUGAUCGUUCGCGCAUGGACGAACGAUUACGAACGCGAUUAUAUAUUCAUAUAUAAACGGUUUAAAAGAUCGAUAAAAGAUAGGGAUUAUAUUAUAUUAUGAUAAAAACAAAAAUAUAUAUAUAUAUAAAUAUGUCUAUGUAUAUUUGUAAUACGAAAGAGAAGAGACAGACGCGCAUGUGAAAAACGUCGUCGUCGCAGCCGAUCGUAGAAAGAAAGAAAGAAAAUGAAAAAUCUGAUUUGUCGAAGACGCGAAAGGAGAAGUUGCGGGUGCCCUCGCGAAAGGAAAUAAAAGGCAAAAUAAUGUGUUCAUUACAUUUGUAGGUAACAGUAUUCGUUUAUAUACACACUUUUUACGGACUAUUGAAAGAAACAGAAAAAUAAAAAAAAGUAAAAAGAAUAGAAAUUAGAAGGUACGACCUUCUGGGUGACAAGCUAUUUAAUCCACAGACACACGCGUUAAAUAUAUAUAUAUAUAUACAUAUAUUAUAAACACACAUACACACGAACUAUAGAGAUAUGUAAAUCGCAUUAAGGUACACUCGCAUAUGUAUGACGCAUGAGAGCUGAACGUAUAUCGAGAGGGGUGAUAGAGAAAAGAAUGCAUGCUCGACGGUGCUAGACGAAAAUUAAAGAGGGAUUGGAAAGUUGCACAGGGGAGAAAAGAGUAGAUUGUGCAGCACGAGAUGCAAAGGAGCAAAGAGAUUGGACUGGGAAUCGGUUACGGGAUCGAAAGCAGUAAUGCAUCCAGAAAUAAUGUCUCGAUGUAUUUGUCGUUCCUUGCCGUCGUAUAAUACACAUAUGUAUGCGUUAUAUACAGGGUGUCCUAUAAACUUACACUAUUCCAAAGUAAAUAAAAAAAGUUAUAUACCACUAAGUUAUAUACAAAGAAAUAUAGCAAAUAUUUAAUAUUUGGAAUAUUUUGAAUGAUUUCUUUGCAUUUAUUUUGACCGGGAAUUUCUGCAGUCUUCAAACUCUGUAUAAUCUCUUUUUAGGACACCCUGUAUAUUACACACGUGCACCACACAUAUACACGCAGAAAAUGGACAAAUUGCAUACAAUAUACGCGCUUGUACGGAUAGAAAUUAAUGAAAGACUAAAUCGACGACACGACGAAACCUGAAUCGCAACACAAGUGCUUCAAAUUUAUAUAAGUACAUACGUAUAAUCGCAGUAGUAAUGCAGUUCGGAACACGGGUGGAAUACAUUUUCGGGUAGUAGAAGGAGGAAGGGGGUGGAUUCAAAGCGGGAAUGUUGAGAAGUUCGUUCGAAGGGUAGUCGAGAAGGGCCUUGACAGAAAGAUUCUUCUUUAAUUCGUCCUUAAUUGGCCGAAUCACGAUGUAAUAUCUUUUGAUCGUACAGAGAGAGAGAGAAGGGUCCUUAUCGUACCUUUUCAAACGCGAACCUUCGAAACAAGUAUCCGCGAUAAGAAUGUCGAAGUUAACGUCCGUUUUAUCGAAAUUAUUCAAAGACCGCGAAACAAUCUGGAAUCCAUUUAAAAAACGUAAAAAUUUCGAAACAGCUCAGCCUGUAUGCGCUUUAAAUUAUAAAUAGACAUAUAGAAGGUUUAUUAAUUAUUAAAAAGAAAAGGUAUCAUUAAGCGAAAUAUUCGAAUACCAAAUGAUGCACAAAUACCUUGAAAAAGAAUGAACCAGAAGAGGAAUGUUUCGACGUUCUUACAUCCGCGAUUUUCUAGGCGUAGUUCUUGUUAUAUUUUUGACAGAUUUUUUAUACAUUUAACCCUUGCAAUUGCUAGAGGAUAUUGAAAAAGAGUGCGAUUCUAGGAGCGAUUGUUACUCACAGGAGAAAGCAAAACAAGUGCGCGUAUGUUUAACGAAUCUAUAUAUUUAACAAAAAAAAAAAAAAAAAGAAACGAAACACUGAAAUGAAACGAAAAGACUAAAAAGGUAAAAAAAAGAGAGAAAUGUUUUUUAUAAGACGAAGAAAAUCGCAUUUUCGACGCAUCAGGUUUACUUAAGAAAAUAGAAACCAACAUGUACUGUUCACAUACUCAGGAAACUAAGUGGCGCCUUAAUUUUUAACUUUAAAUUCGGUCUCGGUGUAUACCUUCUCGCGUACGAUAUCUGUAUUUUAUUCUGUACAUAAGAAAAAGAAUGAUGAAAAGAGAGAUAGAGUAGAUAAAUAUAAACGUUUCUCUUUCUCUUCGCGAUAACAUUCUAUCGCAGGGACUCGCGUUGUACAUUAAUUUUUCUUUUUUUUUUUUUUAAUUUCGUUCCAACGCGCGAGUCGCUGCCGACCGAAUGAGAAAAUAAAUGAAAAAUUAAAAAAAAAUAUAUCGACCACGUUUCAAAGUUCUUCCGUGUUUUUAAUGACGAAAGAAAAAAACUCGACGAUAUAUAUAUAUAUAUAUAUUAAUAUAUAAUAAUACAUACCUCGCAAUAGAUUUCGCCUUCUUGAAAUGGUAGUCUUCUGUUUACGCUAAAUAAUAAUAACAUAGUAAACCUCGUUUAACCGUUCUUUCUAUUAUGUAUUUUUUUUUUCUUUUCUUUUUGUUCACUCGCUCGUGUGUCCGACCUGUGAGUUCUCUGUAUCGUGCCAAAUCAAGAGAGAAGGAAAGAUAGGUCGAGAGAAAGAGUGAGGAACCAUAGUUACGGAUUUAUCCGAGCGUUAUUUAGUCGAAUUUAGUCUAUGAUAGUAGAAUUUCAAUUAGUUUUGGAAUAGGAACUCGUUUUUCUUUUAUUUAUCUUUAUUAGUUCAAAAAGGACACCCUCUAUAGGGAAUGAUUCUUUUUGAAUACGCAUUUGUUUUCCUCUUCUCUUUUCCUUACUCUUUUAUUCUUUAUUUUUCUCACUGUUUUUUUCUUUUUUCUUUUUAUCUUUCCUUUCGAUUGACUGGAAUGUGUUUAGGCCUUCUCUCGACAAAGACAUUUCUUCGAAAAUUGCUCAGAGAAUAACCUUGAUUGACGGAUCGCAGGAACGUAUCCUCUUUUCUUAUUCCUUUUUUGUUGUUGUUUCUGAUUGUUUUUGCUAGAUAAUUUUCACCUGGUACGUCCACGCAACGCUAUUUUAUCCUAGGAAUUCUCGUCUGGAACGAUAGCCUGCAAGGUACGCGUUAAUUUGAGGCUUUCGGAACGGGGAAUCAAUUUUCCCUCGUUCCCCCCUUUUUUCUUAUAUAUAUGUAUAUGUAAGUAGUAUAUUAAAAAGAAUAUAUAUUAUAUGCAAUUUUUGUGAUUUUGCAUAAAGGAUAUUUGCGCGUGCACGCGUGCGAUCGGGAUUUAUCGUUGCGAAGCAUUGGGGGCGAAUUUUUAUGCGAAUUUUCGACAGCGUGCGAGGACAACUAGGGGUAGCUUUAACUCUUAAGCAUAAUAUUAAAUGUUUCUCGUCAGACUCCUACAUAUCGUUUUUGGUUUUUUAACGAACCUGUUUUUAAAAACAGAAAAUAAAGAAAACGUGCUGUAAGCGAGAAGAGAAAUGUACGAAAAGGAUGAAAAGGGGGGUGAGAUGUGACGAAGUUACGUUUUUACUGGUUGUUAAAUAUUUUAAGAGAGACAAAUUUUGUUGUACACCAAAAGCAUUAGAGGAGAAAAAUUCUACACGUUCCUACGAUCCAUCAACGGUUCUGAAGAGUGUAAACGUACCUGCUAGCGACAUAGACAUUAAAUAUAAUAAUCAUAGUUACUGUGUAAAGAACAGAGAGGCGGUUUAAGGAAGAUAACACGUUUGUAAACGAUGUACGUCGACGUAGCUUUAGCUUAGAAAAGGACACGGCAAUUAUAAUAUUAUGAUACUGUUAUUAUUAUACAUAAAUCGACUCAAAGUGGCGCGUGAGAUUCGUCUCGACAAUUGUUUUUAAUAAGAAUGAAAAAAAAAAAAGAAUGUUUUUUGUUUAUUCCCCUUGGACAAUAUAUUUUCCAUCAUAGAAAAUAAUUUUUCUUUAAGUUCUAUCGAUUCGUAACAUAGGUUUACAAAAUUCGAAUCUCACGUCCACGGUAUACAUUUUUUUUUCCUUCCUUUUUCGUAAAAAUUUUAAACACCUACACACAUGCAGUACGUGUCCAGAGAACAUGUUCCCUCCUCCGUCAUUGAUUGAUCAUAGACGAACCUUUUCUUUGCAAGUUCUCCCCUCAUUUUUUUCGUUUCUAUUCUUAAUUAUUAUUAUUAAUUUCGACUCGCCACACGAUUGAUCCGUUCUCUGAUUUGCAAUGCACGCAUAAACAAUGCCACGAGGACGACUACCAGUGUGCAAGAAGUGCGUGAAAACGAAAGAAAGAUAAAUAAGCGAAACGUUGGAGGAGCGAAAGAGAAUAGCGAGUAAGAACGUGAGAAAGUGAGAUGCGAAAGCGAGACUGAACGGUGUUUAUUAGAGCUCGAUAGUGUUUUAUAUAUGUGUAUAAAAUAAAUAUAGUUUGAUAUAAGAAACUGUGUACAGUUGUGUACUAAACCUUGACGUUAAGAGCAACGAAAGAAAGAAGAAGAAGAAAAGGAAAAGAAAGGACGACCGAGUCGAUCCAUGUUCUUGCAGGGGGUGGUUAGAGAGAGGGGAGAGAAGGAUUCUUAAAGUUAACGUUAAGCUUUUUAUUCAGAGCAAAACAAUAUUUUUUAUUUAUCCGUUUAUUUUUAUACGGCGUUGCUACUGGAACCAUUUAUACAUUGAAAUUCGUGGGGGAUAAACGAGGUGACGAGAAGAUGGCGGUGGACAAAAAGAGUUUGUGAAAUAGAGCGAAAGAGGGUGGGAGAGAGUGAAUUAACGAGUGAAAGAAAGAGAGAAAGUUAAGAUUCGAGACGAUUUAAGUCCCGAGUGGUAUAACCAGAGCUACACAACGAAAUGAUUCUUGACGACACAAGGAAAGAAAAAUCGUUCAGAAUCCGAAGAUAAAUAACAAUAAGAGAAAUAAAAUAGAGAACCCCGAUACACAUAGAGUUUUCAACUGCGAUAUUCAUGUUAAAUAUAUGUAAAUAUAUAUUAUAUAAAAAAUAGAUCAAUCUACUAUUUUUGCAAGAAAAGCAGAUACCCGAAAAAAUGGAAAAAAAAGAAAGAAAAUGAAAAAAAAAAAUUGAAUAACGUUCGUCGAGACGCGACAAGAAAGACGAAUCCUAAUUUUCAUUUUUAUUUGCAAUUUCCAGUGUUAGUUUUUGCUAUCUUCGAACGAAAAUGGAUUUCUUCGUGAAAAUUAAGUUUCGUAUUUGUUCGUCGCGUUGAAACGAACGAGCACCACAGAGACUUAGCCGCUUUAAUUCGGGGGUGGCGUCGUUGGAAUUUCGUCUGAAUUCUCGCGACGUUUUACGACACAAUACAUAUAUUUAUACAACAAUUACGAGAGAUCCUAUAUUUCGAUCACGCUUCUCUAGGUAACUCAACGAAGAAAAAAAAAAAA